UAAGACGCUCUCGCUUAAGACGCUUUCCCGCAUAAGACGCUGUUUUUAGUCGGUCCCUAGACAUUUCCUAUACUAGUCAAUGUAAAAAUCACCUGUUAAGACGCUCAGUUUUUCUCUGUCUAAUCGGGUAAAACGCUCUUUUUUUCAGCAGAUUACGAUAAAUUUUAGUAGUUUUGUGAAAAUAAAAAUAGAAUUUUUAGUAUUAUACGUGUUCUUAUCGUUUUAUUUUAUCGCUAUACCUAUUUUAUCAUUACUUAUUAUAACAGUUUUACUGUAUUUCAUCGUCUUAUGAGAUUUAGUAAGUGCUGUUCGUUCGCAUGUGUAUAACCGUAAUUUCGUUAUGGCUAGUGGUAUAAAACGUAAAGCGCUAACGAUUUCGGACAAACUCAACAUUUUGAAAAAGUACGAUGAAGGAUUGGCUGAGAAAAAAAAACAAAAAGAUAUUGCUAAUGAACUGGGGAUACCUCCUUCCACUUUAAGAACUUUAUUGAAAAACAGACAUGAAAUAGAACAAAGCAGCUUGUUAGGUGGCAGCAAACGACAAAAAUUAAAACACGGGAAGUAUGAAGAGUUGGAAAAUAUUUUAUUGGAGUGGUUUCAACAAGCUCGUAGUUUAAAUUAUCCAAUAAAUGGAGGUAUAAUCACGGAAAAGGCGAUGGAGAUUGCCGCACGUCUCAACUUAACCGAAUUUAGUGGAUCGACUGGUUGGCUGGAUAGAUUUCGGAGUAGGCAUAGCAUUGUGUACCGGCAAAUAUCAGGUGAGGCUGAAUCUGUUAAUAAUGAUGAUAUAGCUUCAUGGAAAAAUAACGUGUUGCCUUCAUUACUGCGUGACUAUGCUCCUGACGAUGUAUACAACGCUGAUGAAUUCGGAUUGUUUUUUAAGCUUAUGCCAGAUAAGUCUUUUGUUUUUAAAAAUGAGACAUGCCAUGGUGGAAAGUUGAGCAAGGAACGUCUCACGGUUUUAGUAUGUACAAAUUCUACCGGAACCCAUAAAUUGAAGUUGGUCGUCAUUGGAAAAAGUAGGUCUCCUCGCUGUUUCAAAAAUGUUCGUACGUUUCCAUGUGAAUACCUUGCUCAAAGUCGUGCUUGGAUGACAGGAAUACUAUUCAUAAACUGGAUUCAACAGCUAGAUGCAUUUUUCGGUAAUAAUAAAAAAAUAAACUCGAUAUUUCAACCACAUCAUUUUGUUUCAUUCCCGCAUAAGACGCUUUCCCGCAUAAGACGUUUUAGAGAGCUGGUCCCUUAA